ACAAUAAAAACACAUAAUUUUAAUCCGCGUCGUCGUCGUCGUGGAAGCUGUCCUUAUUUCCGCGGCUUGCGUGCCAAUUCCCUACUCGGUUGUGGUCGAUUCCUCGAAACCGGCCGCGCUAUGACGUCCUCCCAGGACGCGUGCUACAUCUCGCUGCUGGGACUGGCCGAGUACUUCCGGACGUCGUCGCCGCCCAACAUCAAAAAGUGCAUCCAAUGUCUGCAGGCGUUGUUUACGUUCAAGCCACCGCUCAAGGUGGAAGCCCGGACGCAUCUGCAGCUGGGGCAGAUUCUGAUGGCGUAUACGAAGAAUACCGAGUUGGCGCGGAAUCACCUGGAGCAGGCGUGGAUGCUGUCGGAGAAUAUUAACAACUUUGACGAUGUCAAGUUUGACACGGCUAGUUUGUUGGCGCAAUUGUACCAGCAACAGGAGCAGAGUUCGCUGGCGAAGCCGGUUCUGCGGAAGGCGAUCGAGCUGUCCCAGCACAAUGUGUACUGGCACUGUAAGCUGCUGUUCCAGUUGGCGCAAACUCACGCGACGGACAAGGAGUACGCGCUGGCGUCGGAGCUGUUGGCGGUAGGGGUGGAAUCGACGGACGAGUCGAACGCGACGUAUUUGAAGUCGCUGUUUCUGCUGAGUCGUGCCAUGAUCAUGAUGAUCGAGCGGAAGAGCAGCGACGUGCUGGCGAUUUUGAAUCAGGCUGGGACUAUAAUUGAUAAUGCGAUUCAGAACAUUCACUUGAAGGAGUACCUUAAGGUGUUCUUCUUCGUGCUGCAGGUGUGUCACUAUCUGCAGCUGGGCCAGGUGAAAACGGUCAAGACGAGUCUGAAGCAGCUGCAGCAGAGCAUCCAAACGAUUAUGGCGCCGAACUGGCCCUCGGACGAGCAAAUCUUCGGCCAGAACAGUACGGAAAUGUUUAUGUGGCUGCCGAAGGAGCAGCUGUACGUGCUGGUGUAUUUGGUGACGGUGUCGCACUCAAUGAUGGCCGGAUACAUGGACAAGGCGCAAAAGUACACGGAGAAGGCGCUGACGCAGAUCGAGAAGUUAAAGUCCCAGGAGAACAAACCAAUCCUGGCGGUGUUCCAGAUCAUCCUGCUGGAGCACAUCAUCAUGUGCCGGCUGGUGAUGGGCAACAAGUCGCUCGCCAUCAAGGAGAUCGCCCUGGCCAAGGACGUGUGCCUAUCGUCGUCGCACAAGUUCCUGCUCAAGAAACAUUCCCCCCAGCUGCACUGUCUCCUAGGUCUGUACUCGAUGUCCGCCAGCCUGUUCGAUCACGCCGAACGGCAGUUCUACACCUGCAUCCAGGAGACGACCGAGCGGGACUUGAAGCUGUUUGCCAACCUGAACUUGGCGAUCGUGUAUCUGCGGAUGAAGCGCGAGCCGGAUCUGCGCGCAAUUCUCGACCAGGUCCAGCAGGAAAAUUCUCUCUGCUCCAACAGUCAAGCCCUGAUGGGAAGCUUCUACUACGUGCAAGGGUUGAACGCGUUCCACAAGAGUAGCUUCCACGAGGCAAAACGCUUCCUCCGCGAGACCCUCAAGAUGGCCAACGCGGAAGACCUGAACCGGCUGACGUCCUGCUCGCUCGUGCUGCUCAGCCACGUCUUCCUAAGCAUCGGCAACUCGAAGGAAAGCAUGAACAUGGUGACGCCGGCGAUGCAGCUCGCCUCCAAGAUCCCCGACAUCCACGUGCAGCUGUGGGGCAGUGCCAUACUGAAGGACCUUCACCGGAUGCUCAAGGAGCCCGCCCUCGAGCAGGAAGCGUACAACAACCAUCUGAACUUUUCCCAGAAUCUGAUCGCCGACCAGCUCAAGUGCACCAAAUUCCAGGAGCACACGCUCAUCAACUGGAUCCAGGGCGAUCCGCCGAUGCCGAUGCUGACGACGCAGGAGCCGAUGAUGGGCGAACCGUCGCAGGCGGCGGCAAUGCGCGUCGCGGCGGGAGCACCUGGCCAGCAGGUCAUUUUUCAGUAGAGCGUGUUUGUGUGUGCGUUUCUGUGUGUCUUUAUGAAAUCUUCUACAUAAUAAGAUCGUAAAGUGCG